CUCAGCAUCCUGAAGGAGGCACACCAGGACGAGCUGGGCCGCAUGUCCGAAGACUUGGAGGACGAGCUGGGUGCACGCUCCAGCAUGGACAGGAAGAUGGCCGAGCUGAGGGGCGAGAUGGAGCGGCUGCAGGCAGAGAACGCAGCCGAGUGGGGCCGCCGGGAGCGGCUGGAGACAGAGAAGCUGGGCCUGGAGCGGGAGAACAAGAAGCUGCGGGCACAGGUCGGGGAUCUGGAGGAGGCGCUGGCCAGGCGGCGGCGGCAGACAGCCAGUGCGCUGGACUGCGACCUGCGGGCCAGCCAGGCCGCGCUCUUCGAGAAGAACAAGGAGCUGGCCGACCUGAAGCACGUGCAUGGCAAGCUGAAGAAGCAGUUCCAGGAGAAGGUGGCAGAGUUGGCACACGCCAACCGGCGCGUGGAGCAGCACGAGGCAGAGGUGAAGAAGCUGCGGCUGCGCGUGGAGGAGCUCAAGAAGGAGCUGGCCCAGGCCGAGGACGAGCUGGACGAGGCCCACAACCAGGCGCGCAAGCUGCAGCGGUCGCUGGACGAGCAGACGGAGCAGAGCGAGAACCUGCAGGUCCAGCUGGAGCACCUGCAGUCCAGGCUCCGCAGGCAGCAGCAGAACGCGCCCCUUUUCGGGAAGAUCCGUGGUGCUCGCUUUGGCACUGAGGAGGCCGGGGACGGAGCCAGCGACCUGGACGAGGACGAGGACUUGCAGAUCCAGGUGGCCUAGAGCCUCUCAGGGCUGGACGGGACGGGACCCCCCCGGGGUGCAGGCCGACCUGUCACUUGA